AUGUGGUUCCAGCCAAGAGUGUUACUAGCUUGCUUGUUAGCUCUCACAACAUCUACUGCUUAUGCUGAAGAGGCGCAACUGACGCCGCCAGCCACGAGUUACGGUGUACCCGACUACAGACAAACGCGCUCUCUCGGCGUUGAUGGUGACUAUAGCAAUGACCUAGUUGGCCUUUCGACAGAUCUCAGUGGCUUAACGAGUGAUUUCAGUGGACCCAGUACCAGUUAUAGUCAUGCAGCAAGUGGUCUGGAUGACAGUCUCAGUGGACUUAGCGCCAACAAUGCAGUAUACAGCAACGCCGACGCUUACACGAAUGCGCUCAAUGGGUUUACCAAUUACGGUGGCGACCUCAGCGCAUUACAAUCGGUGCAACAAAUUCCAGUAUAUUCUCAAUUGCAACAGGUUCAGCAAGUUCCAGUGAUAUCUAGUCUACAAAGCGUACAGCAAGUGCCUGUAAUAUCUAGCGUGCAGCAGCCGAUCGUGGUGCAACAGCCGGUCGCAGUACAACAGCCGGCACUGGGUGUUGAAGGUCGUAGUUUGGGUGGUGCCGGCAUUGCGGCACUAGGCGGUGGCUUGGCGGGUGCUGGUAUCGGUGGUUUAGCAGGCGCUGGUGCUGGCUUUGGCGGUGGUUUCAAGCGCUACCGCACCAGCAUACAUAUUCGCUCGCGAGGCUUUGGCGGUGGCCUAGGAGGUUUUGGUGGCGUUGGAGGUGUUGGUGGUCUCGGCGGUUUGGGUGGUUUCAAAGGCAUCGGCGGCGGUUUCGGAGGUGGUCAUUACAAAGCGCGCUAUGCAGAGAGUUCAGGCGGUGGUUUCGCUGGUGCUGGUGGUGUCGCUGGCGGUUUCCUAGGCUAA